CAGUGUCAAAACAUCAAUCUGUUUCACACACGCAAAAUUGGGCCUGAUAAUGGAAGCAUAGGACUAAAGUCACGAAAAAAAGUCAAUAAUAGCGCUGGCAAAGUAAAAAUACCAGCUGGAAGCGAAAAAUACGCCACCCUUGGCACGCAAUUGCGUACGUGGAUUGGCCAAAGGCUGCAGUUAAGCACAUUUUCUUCCCUGCAAACCGCCAAAGAGUGAAACGGGGUGCAACGAUGAACGUAAUUCGUGCGAUACAGACGUACAUCGAUAAAAUGAUUACCGAUGCCGGACCGGGCAUGAAGAUACUCAUGAUGGACCGGGAGACGAUAAGCAUCGUAUCGAUGGCAUUCGCCCAAUCGGAGAUGCUGCAAAAGGAAGUGUUUCUGUUCGAGCGGCUCGACUCGGUACGGUCCAACGAGAAGCUAAAGUAUCUCAAGUGUAUCGUCUUCAUACGCCCCACCAAGGAUAACAUCUUCAUGCUGCAGCAAGAGCUACAGAGUCCAAAGUUCGGCUCUUACUACAUCUAUUUCAGCAACAUUAUACCACGGACAGACAUAAAAAUUCUGGCGGAGAGUGACGAAGGUGAAUCGGUGCAGGACUUUAAGGAAAUCUAUGCCGACUACCUGCCGGUCAAUCCGAACCUGUUCUCGCUGCACAUUCCGACCUGUCUGCAGGCACUCAGCUGGAACCCGGAGGCGCUCGAGCGCUCGACCCAGGGCCUGGUCAGUGUGUUGCUAUCGUUCAAGUUCCGGCCCGCCAUCCGCUAUCGGGCCGGUUCGACGGCUGCACAAACGCUAGCCAAAAAGGUGCACGAAACGAUCAACAAGGAAACGGCCCUGUUUAGCUUCCGGCCACCGGAGGACGGUGCGGCACCGCCGCUGCUGCUCAUAUUGGACCGACGCGAUGACCCCAUCACGCCACUGCUCAACCAGUGGACGUAUCAGGCGAUGGUGCACGAGCUGCUCUCAAUCAACAAGCAGCGCGUCGACCUGUCCCGCGUGGCCGGCGUACCGAAGGACCUUAAAGAAGUGGUUCUAUCGACGGAACAGGACGAAUUUUACGCGAAUAACCUAUACGCAAACUUUGGCGAGAUUGCGACAACGAUCAAGGUGCUGAUGGACGAGUUUCAGAAGAAGGCGAACGAUCAGCGCAAGAUCGAGAGCAUCGCCGAUAUGAAGAACUUUGUCGAGACGUACCCACAGUUCCGCAAAAUGUCCGGCACCGUCACGAAGCAUCUCGUGCUGAUUAGCGAACUGUCGGUGCAGGUGGGUCAGCAGCAGCUGUUCGAGGUGUCGGAGCUGGAGCAAGAAAUCGCCUGCCGGGCUGACCACUCCACGCAACUGCAGCGCGUGAAACGGCUCGUUUCGGAGGGAAAGAUAAGUGCGGCCAACGCGCUGCGGCUCGUGCUGCUGUACGCGAUGCGGUACGAGCGGCACGCAAACUGUGACACCUCCGGGUUGCUCAAGCUGCUGCAGGAUCGUGGCGGCCGGUCGCACAUAGUACCGCGUAUGCUCGAGUACAUCAGUACCGUGGCCCGGCAGGAGCUGUUCAAUACGGUUAAAAUCACGGAUGCCGUCAAGCUGACGCGCAAUCUAAUCAAGGAGCUGAAGGGCGUGGAAAAUGUGUACGCCCAGCACGAGUGCGUGCUGAAGGGUACGCUGGAGGAGGUGAUCAAGGGAAGACCGCUCGAUGCGCAGUAUCCGAUCAUGGGCAAUGAGGUUCCGUUCCGGAGGCCACCGGCCGAGGUGAUCGUUUUUAUCGUCGGUGGAGCGACGUACGAGGAAGCGCUGGCCGUUCAUCGGUACAAUCAGGAGGGCUACCGGAUCGUGCUCGGCGGCACCACGAUCCACAACUCGGAGUCCUUCAUCGAGGAGGUACUUGCUGCUACGACCGGGGUGCCAUUUAAACAUUCACGCUCGUUGCAACAAUUCCACCAUGCACCGGCCGGGACGGCUUAAAGCGGUAGGGGUGGAGCGGCAGAUGUAACGGGUUCAGUCUAUCCUUUUUAACAGAACGCCGUGAGAUUAAGAAGUUCGUAUUUAAACCAUCAUCGUUAACUCCAUUCCUUACACUUUUACACGCUGUUGUUGGUGAACUUCCCGACUGUCCCGUCGGUUUUGUGCGUGAGUGUGUGUGUGCGCGCGCCUGUCUGACUAUAUGUAUCGUGCUAGCUUAUUUAUUUGGGUCAAGGAGCGCCAUUAGAUAAAGAUUAUACUAUUAUACUAUAAAACAUCAAAUAAAGUACACGGCAGUUAAGUGUAAUAA